AUGUCUAAUCAAGGCACUCUCCCAAAUAAAUACAGUGAAUUGCGAAGUAUAUAUAAAUACUACAUAGAUGCAUAUAAUGCAUUGUAUCAGCUGAAAACUGAAAAUUCAGAAGAAAUAAACAAGAUUUACAAGAUGAUCAAAACAGAAUUGAUUGAUUCAAAGUCACAACUUCCUAACAAUAUUAUAAAUGAUAUUUUACGUAUCAUCCGGUAUAAUAAUCGCUAUUUAAAGCCUUAUUUAUCUCUUGCCAAACUCAUAUAUGAUAAUUAUCAAGUAAACGAUAAAAUUGAUGCUCCAUUAAUUAAUUUCGAAAAAAUUGAUUCAAAAAAUAUCGAUAUUCAUACAGAAAAUACUGUUUACAGGGCAAUAAUGUAUAAUGACAAAGAAAGAUUCAUCUGUUUCAUUGAAAGCGAAGGAUUUGAUAAAGAUCAAGAACUUGUAAGUAAUUUAUACCCAUAUUCUAAAAAAGGAUAUUCAUUACUUGAAUUAUGUUGUUACCAUGGAGCAGUUGAUUGUUUCAAAUUAUUAAGAACUAAAUUUAAGUCACAAAUAACUAAAAAAUGUUUAAGAUUAUCAUUUUUAGGAGGAAAUCCGGAGAUCAUGAGUGAAUGCCUGAAAUAUCAAAGACCAGAUAAAAAAUGUAUGAAGUAUGCAAUUAUUUCACAUAACAUUGAUUUUGUUACAUUCUUGAUGAAUGAAUAUAAUAUAGAGAUCGAUUUAGAAGAUUGUGGAAUUUACAAUAAUCUUGAAUCAUUUUUAGUUUAUUUCGAUCAAUCUAAUGAUUUUAACCAAUGCUUUAUUAAUUCAACGAGGUUCAAUAUUCUAUCCAUACUCGAAUACUUCCUUUCACACGAUGUAAAUAUCAAUGCAAAAGAUAAUGAUGAGAAAACCGCCCUUCAUGUCGCAGCAAUUAUAAAUAAAAAAGAAAUAGCCGAAUUUCUUAUUUCACAUGGUGCAAAUAUCAACGAAAAAAAUAAAAAUGGGGAAACCGCUCUUCAUAAAGCAGCAUUUAUGAAUAGUAAAGAAACAGUCGAAUUUCUUAUUUCAUACGGUGCAAAUAUCAACGAAAAAGAUAAUGAUGGGGAAACCACUCUUCAUAAAGCAGCAUUUAUGAAUAAUAAAGAAACAAUCGAACUUCUUAUUUCACACGGUGCAAAUAUCAAUGAAAAUGAUAAAAAUGGGGAAACCGCUCUUCAUAAAGCAGCAUUUAUGAAUAAUAAAGAAUCAGUCGAACUUCUCAUUUCACACGGUGCAAAUAUCAAUGCAAAAGAAAAAUAUGGACAUACCCCUCUUCAUCUAGCAGCAUUAAUGAAUUGUAAAGAAAUAGCUAGUUUUCUUAUUUCACACGGUGCAAAGAAUUAG